AUGACCCAAUUUCGUCCCUGCAUCGACCUCCACUCAGGGCAAGUCAAGCAGAUCGUCGGCGGCACUCUAAGCAACAUCGAGUCAGAUCUCAAGACAAAUUACGUUUCCAAGCUCCCAGCAGGCCACUAUGCGGGCUUAUACAAGCAACAUAAUCUCCGGGGUGGGCAUGUCGUCAAGCUAGGGCCUGGCAAUGACGACGCAGCGAAGGAGGCGCUUAGGACCUGGCCCGGGGGCUUGCAAGUUGCUGGGGGCAUCACGGAUAAGAAUGCACAGUAUUGGAUUGAGCAGGGCGCUGAGAAGGUUAUCAUCACAUCAUUUCUCUUCCCAGAGGGCCAAUUCUCUCUCGAACGGCUACAGGCCGUUCUUGCUGCACUGGGCGGUGACAAGUCGAAACUAGUCCUUGACUUGAGCUGUCGCCGAAAGGGCGAUACGUGGUUCGUGGCUAUGAACCGCUGGCAGACUAUCACCGAGAUGGAGGUGAAUCAAGAAUCAAUAUCUCUCCUCGAACCGUACUGCUCCGAAUUCCUUAUUCAUGCCGCAGACGUGGAGGGUCUGCAGCAGGGAAUUGACGAGGAGCUGGUCUCGAAGCUCGCGGAGUGGUGUUCGAUACCGGUUACGUAUGCGGGUGGAGCACGGAGUCUGGAAGACUUGAAGAAGGUGCAUGCUAGUAGUCGGGGGAAGGUCGAUUUGACGAUAGGGAGUGCGUUGGAUAUCUUCGGAGGCAACGGUGUGACGUUUGAAGAGUGCGUAAAGUGGAAUAAAGAGCUUUGA